UGUACUUGGAAAUGAGGUAUCAGUCCUGGAGUAGGCGACUUUUAAAAAGCAUCGGCAGCCCGUGAUAUGACGACUUCGCUGGUCCUGCAUCCACGCUGGGCGGACACCUUGAUGUACGUGUAUGAAAAAAGCCCGAAUGAAAAUAAUCAGAAUAAAAACCAAAUUAUGGAAGGAUUGAGCGGGAAUUGCCCUGCGACUCAUUGCAGGGAACUGAUCUCACACCCCGCGCUGGGGCGGCAUUCCGGCACCAUAGCGACUCACCAGGGAUCCAUGUACUCGGAUAUAUCCUCCCCUGAAACUGGGCGACAGUGCCCCGCUCCACAGACGUCAUCUAGUGCCUCUCUGAGUUACGGCUAUCCCUUUGGAAACCCUUACUACGGUUGCAGAUUAUCUCACUCGCACAACGUGAACUUGCAGCAGAAACCAUGUUCAUACCAUCCCGCAGAAAAAUAUGCCGAGACGAGCAGUGCCUUGCCCACGGAGGAGCUCUCCAGCAGGGCAAAAGAGUUUGCUUUCUACCCGAGUUUUGCCAGCUCGUACCAGGCGGUUCCAGGAUAUCUAGACAUGUCGGUGGUCCCCAGUAUUAGUGCGCAUCCCGAGCCACGUCACGAUGCAUUGAUCCCCAUGGAUGGAUAUCAACACUGGGCUCUGUCGAAUGGCUGGGAUGGGCAGGUGUACUGUUCAAAGGAGCAAACACAGUCUUCUCAUCUUUGGAAAUCUCCGUUUCCAGAUGUUGUUCCGUUGCAGCCAGAAGUCAGCAGUUAUCGUCGAGGACGCAAAAAGCGUGUUCCCUACACCAAGAUGCAACUAAAGGAAUUGGAAAAAGAGUAUGCAGCAAGCAAGUUUAUCACCAAAGACAAGAGACGACGCAUCUCUGCGACAACCAACCUCUCAGAACGCCAAGUUACUAUUUGGUUCCAGAACCGCAGAGUGAAGGAGAAAAAGUUUGUCAGUAAAUCCAAGACUACUACUAAUAAUCACAUGCAUACUUGAUGUAUGUUUCGUGCUUUUUUCCCGCCAGCUUAUACCCUUCUGUCCAGAAAGUCUGAUAUUUACCUCCGUUCAGAAAUCGUGAAUGAAGAACAUGCGGGCAGCCUCAAGCAUAACCUGUCUUCUUUCACUUUAUUUAAUUGAAAUCAUGCACACAAUACCAU